AGGAGUUUCUACAAAUGACAGGCGAAGAAAAAUUUCAGGUAGACCUUGAAGGCUAUCUCAUCAUAAAGACGUCUUGACCGCCGACGAAGUUGCCGAAAUGAACGACAUUACCGACAACACAGAACGUCAAGGACCCCCAAGCCUCUGGGGUGAACCGUUCAAGAGAUUGAUUGAUCAUCCGAAAAUCCUCCCCUAUCUUUUAGAUUUGUUGGGACCAAAUGUCCGGUUAGACCACGACUACGCCAUCUUUAUGAACGGUAGCGAAAGACGCGGUGGAUUGCACGGCGGUGAAGACGGCGGUGGACCUGGUGGCCCCGAAGGCGAUCACUGGUACAAAUACCGAGACGGGGUCAUGCGCAACGGUUUAUGCGUGAUGUCGUUUAAUCUUGCAGACGCACCCGAAGGCGCAGGCGGAUUCGCCUGUAUUCCCGGCAGCCACAAGAGCAAUUUCUUACGGGAAUUGCCGUCAGAUGUGCGGCAUUUCGAGCGUCCAGCACACUACGCUGUGCAGCCGCCUGUCGAAGCG